AUGUCUAAAAACAAAGAUAAAGUGCCCUGCUCACCAAAUACACUGCACAACUAUUUCGCUCGAUCUCCUGCAAGCACGAAGAAACCGGCAAAUCCAUCAACCCCGACCAGCUCACUGGCGCGACCGGCCGCUGCCAAGACGCCCUUGAAUGAUACUCCGAAAAGGGAAAAACAUGCUGUAAAAAUUGAGAAAACAUCAGCAGGUAAAUCGAGUAAAGCUUUUGAUGAAAAGACCGUAACCAAUUCAAAUGAUGAUGAGGAUGAGGAAGUGAUUGUUGCUCGCAAAAAGCGUCGUCGCAACAUCUUCAAUGACGAAGAUAAUUCAGAGCAGGACGGCGGGGACGACGAUUCCAUGGCCAACAUUGAAAACAAGCAAAAUAACAAUAAUGUUACGGACGAGGCAGACUCAAAGCGUAUUGCAGUGUUGAGUGCGUUUGAACGCCCAACCGCAACGAUCGAUGACGAUAAAGAAACAAAGAAAAAGUCUCCUAUGGAUGCGGUAGAAGACGGUCCUGUGCAGAAAAAGAUCAAACUCGAAAAAAUCAAUGAACCGAGCGAUGAUGUAGGCGUCGCGCUUGAAGAACCAAUGGUCUGGAAGCAUCAGCAGUUGGAGUUUUUGAAGCCUAAAAAUAUAAAGGACAUUUACGGCAACAAACCCGGAAACGAAAAGUACGAUGAACGAACGCUCUUCGUGCCGGAAUCAUUUUUGCAAACGCUAACUCCGGCUAUGCGACAAUGGUGGAUACUCAAGAGCAAAAAUUAUGACUGCAUUCUAUUCUUCAAAGUGGGCAAAUUUUAUGAACUGUACCACAUGGACGCCGAGGUCGGAGUAAAGGAGCUCGGGUUUACGUUUAUGAAGGGCGAAUUUGCCCACUCUGGCUUUCCCGAGCAAGCGUACGACCGCAUGUCGACAACACUCGUCGAGCGGGGCUACAAGGUGGCCCGGGUGGAACAAACCGAAACUCCCGAGAUGAUGCAGGAACGGUGCAAAACCGAACGGACCAACUCCAAGUACGAUAAAGUUGUGCGGCGGGAGAUCUGCCAGAUUACGGUCAAGGGAACGGAGGUCUUUGGGCAGCAAGUGAGCAUCACGACCAACCACCAGCCACGCUACAUGAUGGCCAUCGCGGAAACCGUUCGCCACGGCACAGGCAGUCGCUUCGGAGUUUGCUUCAUCGACACCUCGAUCGGAUUGUUCCAGCUCGGCGAGUUCGAUGAUGACCCGCAGCAGUCUCGUUUGCUCACGUUGCUAUCACACUACCCACCGGUGUUAGUACUUCAUGAGCGUUUUUCUUCGGGUACGUCAUCCGAAGGAAUGCAGCGUCUUUUUAAAACACUGCUCGCUAACGUCAAGCGAGAGCCACUAACAAAUGGCAACCAAUUUUGGUUGGGCGAAAAGACGCUCAAAUAUCUGGCCGAAAUGUGCUACGAUGGGCCGGCGAGCGAGUCGUCCAAAUGGCCACCGGUUCUGCGUGCCAUGAUGGAUGACACGGAUAGCCUCGGUUUGACGCCGAAAGAAUCGUACCAGCUUGCGUUAAAAGCGCUCGGAGGCUGCAUUUGGUACCUGCAACGGUGCCUUCUGGAUCAGCAGGUCCUGGGACUUGCUAUAUUCGAGGAAUAUGUGCCACUCGACGAACAGCGGCCAAUGGCUACGGACGUGGCGAGCCGCUUAGAGGGGGCCGUGAAAGCCAAGCGCUUCAUGGUGCUGGAUUCGAUUACGAUGAACAACCUGAAGCUAGUCGGAUCGGAGAGUUCGCUGGUGGAACGAUUGGAUCACACCUGCACGAAGUUUGGCAAGCGCCUGUUGUACAACUGGGUCUGUGCGCCGAGCUGUGAAAUGGAUGUCAUCUUACAGCGCCAGGAAGCGGUCAGUGAGCUAAUUGCGAAGCCGGACCUGCUGAUGGACGUUCGCGCGAUUCUAGGCCAACUGCCGGAUAUGGAGCGUCAUCUGGCGCAGGUUCACGGAUUCGGGAAUCCCCAAAACAAAGGAAAUUGCCCUGCUAAACGGGCAAUCCUGUACGAAGAACAUACGUACGGCAAGAAAAAAAUAAGUGAUUUUAUCGCCACGCUGAAAGGAUUCCGUGCGUUAACGGCACUGCCGGAAUUGUUCGCAAACGUCAGUUCUAAGCUGCUCGUAUUAUUGACACAAAAAGCAGACACCAAAGCUACUUCGGGAGCCUUCCCUGCGAUGGAGGAGAAGAUUGAAUUCUUCGAGAACGCGUUCGAUCAUGAGAAAGCCCUCAAGAGCGGCAGCAUUACGCCGGAGAAAGGGCUCGACCCGGAGUACGAUGCGAUCGAGCAGGAUAUGAAGGAUAUGAAGAGCGAGCAGGAUGAGUACCUCAAGGCACAGUGUAAGUUUUUCGGUUGCACUGUGCAGUACUUCGGCAACGACAAGAAGCGUUUCCAGCUAGAAGUACCAGAAGCUAAGGCAAAGAAAGCCAACCACGGCUACACGCUGGAGGGCACCAAAUCGGGCAAGAAUGCCGCAAAGCGGUUCCACACCGACGAAACGCGCCAGUUCCUCAAACAGAUGAUACAACUCGAAGAUCGCCGUAAGGCGGUGCUCAAAGAUUUGGCCAGAAGAAUCUUUGAAAAGUUUUCGCUCGAAUAUGCCAUGUGGAAAGGGUGUAUCGAUCUGGUGGCUACACUCGAUGUGCUGACCUCGCUGGCUGAGUAUGCCCGCACGGAAGGUGCGACAUGCGUGCCGAAGCUGCUACAAGAGGAUCCUUUGGGCAAGCAAAAGCCGAUCAUCGAAAUCGAGGCUGGCUUUCAUCCAUGUGUCGAAGGUGAGGCGAAGGAUAACUACAUUCCAAACGGAAUAUCCAUAGGCGGAGACUCGAGCGUACCUGCCAGUCUGGUGCUGCUUACUGGCCCAAACAUGGGUGGUAAAAGUACUCUCAUGCGGCAGGUUGGAUUGUUGGCCGUGAUGGCACAGAUCGGGUCGCGUAUUCCGGCGGAAAGCUGUCGCAUGACGCUUAUUGAUCGCAUUUUCACGCGUCUUGGUGCCAGCGACGAUAUUAUGGCAGGUCACAGCACCUUUUUGGUGGAGCUGAACGAAACGUCCGCCAUUCUGAAGCACGCCUCCUCGAAUAGUCUGGUGCUGUUGGAUGAAUUGGGUCGCGGAACGGCGACCUACGACGGAACAGCCGUCGCCGGUGCCGUGGUGCACUUCCUGGUGGAUCUGAAAUGUCGCACGAUCUUCUCGACACAUUACCACAACCUGGUCGACAGUUUUCAUGAUGAUCCGCGCAUCACACUCGGGCACAUGGCCUGCAUGGUGGAAAAUGAAGACGGUGACGAUCCUACACAGGAGACGGUGACAUUCCUCUACCGCUAUGCUGAAGGUGCCUGCCCAAAGUCGUACGGGUUUAACGCAGCUAAGCUGGCGGGUAUGCCCACGGCUAUCAUAAAACGGGCACACGAGCUCUCUAAAACGGUCGAAGCGGAAGCACUUAAACGUAAGAUAUUAAUGAAGCUACUGAAGAAAUCUCCCCAAAGUGAGAUCAAGGAUCUCGUCGCCAAGCUGAAGAGUUGCCGAUUUUAG